CCGGUAUAUCUCAUUCUGUCACACACUGGUAUAGUAGCCCUAGUGAAAAAGAGACAAUUGCGGCUCUGAAUUACAGUUUUUAUGUUUCUAUUGUUGCCUACCUGCAACUUCCCAUGGAAUGUCAGGAACUAGCGGUGUGUCAGUUGCAAAUGUCAAACUUUUGUUGAUGUUUUAUCACUGGAAUUAAUUGAUAAAGUUCUGUGAGCUUCUUGCUUUUGGUAAAUCUUCAAUGAGACUGUGAUCCCACACAUCAUCUCACUUUAGUGGCUUAUUCGUGUUCAAAUAACGCAUCUUUAAAGGUUAUAUCGCAUAACCCUGUGGUUGUGUAAUGAUGCCGACUCAAAUGGUGAACCAGGACAACCACGACAAUGACGUGAAGGUGAAGACUGUGUACAAUGGGGAUGUGAUGAUCACGUACAUCAACCAUAGCAUCAUGCUGGAGGAGUUUACGCAGGAGAUGAUUGCUAUCUGCCGCUUUCCGCCUGAUCAGGUGUUCACCAUGAAAUGGGUAGAUGAAGAAGGCGACCCGUGCACCAUCUCCACCCAACUCGAGUUGGACGAGGCGCUGCGGCUGUACGAGCUGAAUCGGGACUCGGAGCUGACUGUACACGGUAAGUCCACUCGCCGCAACCCAGUUUGAUGGCUAUCGCAGAAGGUAACAAUAUCAUUAAC